AUGGAGAGCUUCACAGAGUCACUAAACAGGCUGAAGGAGGUCCACGAGAACGAGGUCCGAGGCCUGCAGAAUAAGCUUCUGGAGCUGAACUCGGAGAGAUGCCGGGACGCCCAGAGGGUGGAGGAGCUCUGCGCCAAGAACCAUCAGCUUAGGGAGCAGCAGAAGGCGCUGAAGGAGAAUGUGCGGGUGCUGGAGAACAGGCUGCGGGCCGGCCUGUGUGACCGCUGCAUGGUCACCCAGGAGCUGGCCAGGAAGAAGCAGCAGGAGUUCGAGAACUCCCUCCUCCAAAACCUACAGCAAGUCUUCAUCCUCACCAACGAGUUGAACCGGCUGCAGCUGGAGAACGAGGCAUUGAAAGAGGAAGUGAAGCGGCUUCGGGGCCCGCGGCUCAAGCCCCAAUACAGGGAGGGUGCCUCAGACCCCCCCUCACCCCUACUACUCCCCUCCCCGGGGGCUUGGAAGGCCAUCGCGGAGAAGACGCUGGGAGGCCACGAGGAGGCCGAGGACGACCAUCCAGGUUCGAGUCCCCAGAGAGAAGAAAAGUCUACGGGGUACAGGACAUCUCCAGUAGCCAAAAUCUCCCCGAGUGCCAGCCUGCCAGAGACACGGGCCCCGGACACGAGCCCCCAGCGAAUCUCCAACCAGCUGCACGGGACCAUCGCCGUGGUGCGGCCGGGCUCCCAGGCCUGCUUCGCUGACCGGGGCUCCACCAACGGGACACCCCCACUGCCACUGACCAGGAGCAGCCCGCCCAGCCCACCCUAUGAGCACAGCCUCCCACUGGACAGCUUUCUGCGGGCCUCCCGGCCCCCCGCCACGGCCUAUGAGUCCCUGAAGCGCUCCCUCCAGGCUGACCACCUGUGCCUCCUGAACCAUCACCUGUCUCUGCACCUUCAGAGCCCCCACUGCAGCCCCCAAGUCCCCGCCACAGCCCCCCGUGGCCCCCGGCCCCAGGGCCCGAAGGCUGGGGAGGCAGAGGCCUGGGAUGAGCCGGUGGGCCUGCUGGGGCUGCCAGGGGCCCUGGUGGACGUGCGAGACCCUCGGCUAAAAGGAGCGUUGCACCUGCUCCUGGCCCAGCAGCUGCGGGCACAGGGGCAGGUGGGCAGUGCCAGGCUGAGGGGCCCGCCCACGCCAGCAGGGACCCCACCCUCCCCACCAGUCAGCUCUGACUCGGAAGGCCCCCAGGGCGAGGCGGCCGAAGCAGCCCUGUCCGGAGGGGGGCACACACAGCCCACAGGCCCAGGCAGCCCCAGGGGACAGGAAGACAGGGCCACACGAGACUAUGUCCCAGACAAGCCCCUGGACCUCUCCGAGCGGGGCCGGGGCCGGCCGGGGUCCCUCAGCCCCCCGAGUGCCCACACUCCCAGCCUGGCGCCACCUCAGGGAGUGGAGCUACCUGCCCGGUCUGGACCCCGGGGACUCAGCAACGAACUCAGCAAGGCCCAAGUGCAAGGGCUGGAGUCAGAUGAGCUGGACGAGUUGGACCCCUCGGACAAUGAGGUGGGCCUGAGCUCCGAGGUGGGGGCCAAGCCGAGCACGCCAGGGGAGGGGUCCAGGUGCUCCUGCACCAAGGAGUGCGGGCGAGGGCUGCUGCAGAAGAGGAAGCGGCCCUCGGGCCCAUGGUGCAAAGCCCCCAAGAAGCCGCCACCGGCAAGAAGGAAUCCAGGGGAGCCCCUGACAGCACACGAGGGGCCCGGGAGCCCAAGGCACCCUGAGGACAGCAGCCCCUCACCCAGCAACAGCAGCUGGGAGGAGACUUAG